AUGCACAGCACUCAGGACCACACAAUCCUCAGAGGAGAGUCCAGGCUUCCUGAAGCCCCAGCAUCCACUCUAACGCCCAGCAACAUGCCUAAAAGUGUUUCAAUAUCUAAACAACUGGCUUCAAUAAAAGCUUUGAAGAAAGGCUCAGACCUAGAGAAGGCCAUGGCUACCAUCGCUCUGAUUUUCAGGAACUCUUCUGACCCCGACGGCAAGGUUGGGAGAGCCACUGCCAAAAAUCUGCUGCAAACCCAAUUUAGGAAUUUCACAGAGAGAGAAGAAACCAAGCCAAAGUAUCAAGACAUUCUUUCUGAGCUUGAUGAACACACCGAAAACAAACUGGAUUUUGAGGACUUCGUGAUCCUGCUCCUGAGCCUUGCCAUCGUGUCUGAUCUGCUGCAAAAUAUACUGAGUGCAGAAGUCAUGAAAUAAAUUAACUAAUUAUGUGAAUGGGCAAAAUGAUCGUGAAAGCAAGUGUCACAGGAUGGAAGAUGUUCCUGUCUAAUUCGGAACGAGUAUGGGAGGGUUCACAUUGGUUACAUUCGUUCAGCGUAGCUCCAAAUAUUUCAACACUCUUCAGAAAUGUUCAAACAAUAUGAUUUGUGACAUGAAAAAUUGGAUACCACUUUUGAUGAGGGAGUAGUGACUUAGAGAAUUUUUCUGAGGAAUGUGGAAUCACAUUAUAAAUGUGAUUUUCAAUUACAUAUUCAUUGAUCAUGUGAUGAUAUUUGUGAGCAUCUACUUGAUAAAACUGUUUAAAAUACAAUAACUA